AUGGGAGGUCCCAAGGCACUCCGAGGCCACCAUGGCAACACAAAGCAGGCUCUUCUCGCCUCCAUCGGUAUUAGUAUGGGAGGUUUACUCUACGGCCUUGACACCGGCAUCAUAGCAACAACAAUCGGUCAGUCCACCUUCAAAACGUACAUGUACGGAGGGUCCCAAGGCCCUCCCGCUCUCGUUGGUGGCAUCGUAGCCUCAUACUAUGCCGGCGGCUGCAUCGGCGGCUUGCAGUCCGGCUGGCUGAUGGACAAAUGGAGCCGUCGAUACACUGUCCUCAUCGGCGCCGUGGUCAGUAUUCUCGGCGCUGCGUUGCAGGCGGCUGCCGUGAACCCGGGCAUGAUGAUUGCGGGACGCAUCUUCAGCGGGUGGUCGACGGGUGUUCUGUACUCCGUCACGCCAAUCUACCUCGCGGAGAUAUCUCCGCCUGAGAACCGCGGCUUCUUAGUCGGGCUGAAAGGGCUUACGAAUGCGGGCGGCUUUUUCGUUGCUAACUGGAUUGGAUAUGCGGGAUCGUUCGCGAGCGGGAAUGGGCAGUGGAGAAUUCCACUAGCGAUGCAAGCACCGCCGGCUGUUGGGCUUGGGUUACUGGUCUUUGCAAUGCCGUUCAGUCCCCGAUGGUUGGUCAAACAAGAGCGGCACGAAGAUGCGGUAAAGGUUCUUCGGAGACUCCACGGUGCCCGCGGCGAAGACUUUGUCCAGCACCAGUACGUCGAGAUUCGAGACCAGCUCGCACUCGAAGCCGACUUGCGUCGCCAAUCGUCGUUGAAGAUUCUUUUCACUCGACAGUACGCAAGGCGGAUGCUGUUGGCAUGUCUCAUCGUGAACAUGACGAAGCUAUCGGGAUCUCAGGUCAUCCAGAACUACCAGAGCUUGAUGUACGCGGCCCUCGGCUUCAAAGGCCAAACGGUUCUUCUCAUCGCUGGAUGUUAUGGUACGGGAACAGCUUCACUCGCGGCCACUCUCAUAGUUCUGCUGGCCCUAUCAAAGUACUACCCCGACGACCGAAAUUUGGCAGGGAGUUCAGCCGGCGUAGUUUUCAUCUUCAUCUUCUCCUUCUUAUACGCCGUCUUCUUCAACAGCACGAACUGGGUGCUGGUCUCGGAAAUCUUUCCGCUGCAUCUUCGAGGCACUGGGGUCGGGUUUGCCAUCUUCACUCAGGCUGUGACUGCCAUCUGGCUGAGCCAGGUCUCGCCCACGGCAUUUGAAGCGCUAGAGUGGAAGUUCUACUUCAUCUUCAUAGCCACAAAUGUCUCCGCUGGCCUAGCGUACUACUUCUUUCUUCCCGAGACGAAUCAACUUAGUCUGGAGCAAAUUGCAGCGGUCUUUGGUGACGCGGCGGUGGAGGGAAAUCUACGUCAGAAGGAUACUAUUGACGACAAGACGGAGGCGAUUGAGCUUGAGGAAGAACGGAAGUAUGAAGCUUGA